AAUAUCUAGAAUAACAAAUUUUUGCCGCCGUUUCUCAAGAACACUGUAUCGAAUCUCCAGCUAUUAUUCUAAAGCACAAUCGAGCGCAUUGACAAUGGCGGAACGCGGUGGUGAGCGUAGUGUCGAAGGUGGUGGUGAUCGCGGCGGUUUCGGACGAGGAUUCGGCGGUCGCGGUGGUGGAAGAGGCGGUCCGAGAGGCCGUGGUCGCCGUGGAGGUCGUGCUCCGGAGGAAGAGAAGUGGGUGCCGGUGACCAAGCUUGGUCGUCUCGUAAAAGAUGGUAAGAUACAGAAGCUCGAGCAGAUCUACCUCCAUUCUCUUCCAAUCAAGGAGUACCAGAUCAUAGAUUUACUCGUCGGUCCUUCAUUGAAAGACGAAGUGAUGAACAUCAUGCCGGUUCAGAAACAAACCAGAGCCGGUCAGAGAACGAGAUUCAAGGCCUUCGUCGUUGUCGGAGAUAGUAACGGUCACGUCGGAUUAGGAGUGAAAUGCUCCAAGGAAGUCGCGACGGCGAUCAGAGGCGCGAUCAUUCUGGCGAAAUUGUCUGUGAUUCCGAUUCGGAGAGGUUACUGGGGUAACAAGAUCGGGAAGCCGCACACGGUGCCGUGUAAGGUGACCGGGAAAUGUGGAUCUGUUACCGUGCGUAUGGUUCCAGCUCCGAGAGGUUCUGGUAUCGUGGCGGCUAGAGUUCCUAAGAAGGUUCUUCAGUUCGCUGGAAUUGAUGAUGUCUUCACUUCUUCCAGAGGAUCCACCAAAACUCUCGGAAACUUCGUUAAGGCAACAUUUGAUUGUCUUCAGAAGACUUACGGAUUCCUUACACCGGAAUUUUGGAAAGAGACGAGAUUUGUUAAAUCACCAUACCAAGACUUCACUGAUAUCUUGGCUAACAAGUCUCUUCCUAGCAGCACCAAGAUCACCACCGAGGUUGAAGACCAAGUCUAAACUCUAAAGUAAUACCACACUCACUCAUCUUGGAUGAAGCUCAGAUUUUGUUCCAAGCUUGGUUUUUUGAAUCAUAUCGGUUAUAAUGUUUUUUAUUUUAUUUUGGUUAUCUAGAUCUUUGUUUGGAAAUUUGAAUGCGAUAAUACGAAUUUUUCUUUGGUUUCCACAGCACGAAACAAUCAAAAUGACUCUGAAUAUUUGAUC